AAAACCCUAGAAAGAUUAGCAAUUUAGCCCUCACCUCUGACCUCAUAGUGCAAGCCGAAAGUUGCAUGCAUGUGGUGUAACGUAUCCAUGAGUUCUACUCUGAAUUCUGAAAUCUGGGGACCAAAAUUCUAUUAAAUUCCCCUUUUGUCUUGUGUUUCACUCCUUCGAUUCUUUUUCGUCUAUGAUUAUCAAGCUUUCUUCCGCAGUUUCGGUACCAAAAUCUUCCCCUGUUCUUCGCAUUGUUAUCUAAUUCUUCAUCGACACCUCUUUUAGUGUGAAUGAUGAGUCACAGCAGCAUGGAAGCCACUUCUAGCCUUGAGUUUUUCAAGGUUUUUCUUCCCGAUUCUUGCUCUCUUCAUAUGAGCAUACCUCCAGCUUUUAUGAAGCAUUUAAAUGGAACCUUUCCAGAAAAAGCUACCAUCCAAGAUCAUACGGGAAAAUCAUGGGGUAUUACAUUGGAAAAAUUGGACGACCUUCUGUAUUUCAAGAAGGGCUGGCAGGCCUUUGUAGAUUACCAUUUUCUGAAAUAUGGAGACUUCUUAGUUUUCCAAUAUGAUGGUCACUCUACGUUCGAUGUUAAGAUAUUUGGCAAAAAUGGAUGCAAGAAGGCAGUGACAGCAAAAGCUACUAGUUCUGUCCCAAUUUUGGAGGCUGAGAUAGCAGAAGCUGGUAAUUCUGUUUCAAAUUUGGAGGCGAUGGUAGCAGAUGCUGGUAAUUCUAUUUCAAAUUCGGAGGCUAUAGUAGAAAAUGCUGGUAAUUCCGUUUCAAAUUUGGAGGCUAUGGUAGCAUAUGCUGGUAAUUCUGUUUCAAAUACGGUGGCUAUGGUAGCAGAUGCUGCUUAUUCUGUUUCAAAUUUGGAGGUUGUGGUAGUAGAUGCUGGUAAUUCUGUUCCAAUUUUUAAGGUAAAAAAAGAGCCUGUGGUUGAGGAAGAAGAUGUGGAACCUUCAAUUUAUCGCAAGAGGAAGCGAUUACAAGAUGGAUCAGAGAUAGUUCGCAAGUCAAAAAGCAUUGUAGCUUCAAAUCAUGGUAGACUGGAUAAUGCCUCGAACUCUGUAGGACAGGUUAGGCCAAGAGGGCCUUUCUUUGAGCGGAUGAUGAAACAUUGGUCGAGUCAGACCAUUGUGAAGGAGCACUUGCAUUAUAUGCCUUUCUUUGGAAUAGAGAAUUUCAGGAUUGAACCUUUCGAGAUAAUUCCAGUACGAAUAUAUCCAAAAGUCGCAAAGUACAUUCAGGAGUAUAGCCAAUUUCAAGAACAUAGUAGGGCGAUGAUUUGUAGCCAAUUUCAUUCAACGUCCGCAAGUCAAGAGCCCAAAUACAUUCAAUUUGAUCAUGAGGAAGUUGAUAGUCAACAAAAUGAUCAAUAUUUCCAAGAAGAUUAUGACCCUCAAGGGGAUAAUCAAAGUGGAGGAGUUGAUAUGGACAUGAUAAAUGAACUACCUAUUAGUCAAUCGCAAGAAAUACUGUAUUUGGAGUAUCAACCCCUUCAAACAGAUAAAGAAGACAAUAGGAAAUCAGCAAAUAUGGAAACUACUGAGGUUGGUGGGUAUUCAUUCAAUAUUGAAGAGCAAAAUACAGAGAGUACUACUGAGCUUGGUGGGAAUUCGUGUGAUGAUAAUGAAGAGAAUAAUAUGGGUACUACUGAGCUUGGCGGGAAUUCAUUUGAUAUUGAAGAGAAUAAUAUCAAACGGGAAAAACGGUCCCCUACAACUGUCGAGGCUACUAGAAAGAAGAAAAAGAGAAAAUCGAGAGAGACGACGAGCUUUGAAGUGCAAGAACACAACGAAGAGACGUCCGAAAUUGAUACUGAUCAGGACUCCAGGAGGAAUGUGGGAACGAAGCAAACGAAGAACAUUUCUGGACAAUCUAAGCAGGAUGGAGGUGGUAAGAGAAAAAAACGAGCAAAGAGGGGAAAGAAAUCAGGAAUUUCUAGUACGCCUUCUGAACAUGAUGAUAAGGUGGAUGUUUAUAAGGAGUACCCUUUAUUAUUACCGAGGAGUAGCUGGUCGACUACUCAACGAAUAAACUUGUAUAGUAAGCUUGAUGUUAUCUCAGUGAUAAAGAAUACAUUGAAUGAAAGGCAACUAAAGAAGUUCAAGAAAAGCUGCUUUGGAGAUUUUUUAGACUUGAAGAUCACCAAGUUCUCAUCCCAACUCUUUUAUCAUUUGGUUAGACGUCAAUGUUGUUCUACAAACCGCAACGAACUAUGGUUCAAUCUAGAGGGUAGAAUACAUAAGUUCGGGAUGAAGGAGUUUUCCUUGAUAACAGGUUUGAAUUGCGGAGAAUUACCGGAAAUUGAUAUGUCCAAAAUUCAAAAAGGUAAGUUUAAUAAGAGGUAUUUUGGUGGUGAGAAAACUAUUAAAAGGACAAAAUUACACGAGGUGUUCACAGAAAUGGAUAAAGGGAGAAACAAAGAUGUCGUCAAAAUGGCAAAGCUAUACAUUCUAGAGAUGUUUAUACUUGGUAAGCAAAUAAGGACAGGAAUAAAUCAUGAAUAUACCUUAUUAGUGGACGACAAGGAACAGUUUGAUAGGUAUCCAUGGGGGCGAAUCUCUUAUGAGAUUACCAUAGAUUUUGUGAAAAAAGCCAUAAAAAGCAAUGAUGCUUCAGCAAUAGGGAUUGGCGGAUGUGCAUUUGCCUUACUUGUGUGGGCGUAUGAGACCAUCCCCUUACUCGGGUUAAAUUCAAAUUUUGUCGCAACGAGGGUCUCUUUUGGCACACCCAGAAUGAACAAUUGGGCAGCAGACGUUCAUCCAGAGUGGAAGGACCUUUCAGAGAAGGUUUUUCAAUCUGAUUCUUUUGAUGUUCAGCCUCUUAUAGCAACAAAAACUGAAAUGGAAAUGCCAUAUAUGAUACCAUUUGGUGGGGUUAAGCCAUCAGAAGAAAAGAUUAAAUCACAGUUGGAUCAAGAACACAACAGCGAUGCUAGAACUUCAUACAACAAGGGGUAUUGUAAUUGGAAAGGACCUCCGUCUGUUCCAAAUGAUGGCGUGGGGAAUUUUUUGUUCACUAAGAUAGUCAACAUAGAGGAAAUUUUGGGCAGUUUGGUUCAUGACAUAGAUAACCUAAAGAAUCUCUUUUCAAAAUUGUGUGAAAAUGUAAAUGAAGCUACAGAUCCUGAAAAGAUGAGAAAGUAGGAGAUGUUGAAAACUAUGAUAAAGAUUACCAGGAAGAUGAAGACGGAACAUCUUUGUUGAAAAUUACACAAAAAAAGUUUCACAAUCAAGAUGGCAAUGCGCGAUGACGUUGGUGGGAAAAGAAGCCAUGCAACUCCAAUUGAUUCAAUAGUUCAUCAUGCCCAAGUACAUGAAGAACAAUCUACCCUUCUCCUGCAGCAAAAGGAGUAGUUGUUUGAUGUUCAUUAACAAGAUGUGUGUUCAAUUUUGACCUUGAUUGAUGGUAAAUAUACUAACUGGACAAUUAUGUAUUUGGUUGUGGAUCUAAUUGUUAAGAACAUUCCUCUUGAGGAUCAAUUCAUUUUUUUGGCUCA